CACGUGUCCCGUCCGGGCUUCAGCCAUGGGCCAUGCUGGUGACCUGCAAGACUUUCUGGCGCUGUCUGGUGGGUGCAGUGCUCCUUCUGAAUCUUCUCUUUUGGCUGCUGAUUCCCACUGACCUCCACCACCGUUCUGGCGAGUUGAUCGUGUCCGGGGCAGAGGAGCCCGCCAACCCACUGAGCCUCAUUGACAGCGCCGCCGUCGGCACCGCUUUUAGCGACGUCGCGGUCGUAAGCGCCGAGACGGUGACGGUGACGACCGUGCCGGCAUCGACUUCGGAGACGGAGGAGCCCGCCAACCCACUGAGCCUCAUUGACAGCGCCGCCGUCGUAAGCGCCGAGACGGUGACGGUGACGACCGUGCCGGCAUCGAUUUCGGAGACGGAGGAGCCCGCCAACCCACUGAGCUUCAUUGACAGCGCCGCCGUCGGCGCCGCUUUUAGCGACGUCGCGGUCGUAAGCGCCGAGACGGUGACGGUGACGACCGUGCCGGCAUCGACUUCGGAGACGGAGGAGCCCGCCAACCCACUGAGCUUCAUUGACAGCGCCGCCGUCGGCGCCGCUUUUAGCGACGUCGCGGUCGUAAGCGCCGAGACGGUGACGGUGACGACCGUGCCGGCAUCGACUUCGGAGACGGAGGAGCCCGCCAACCCACUGAGCCUCAUUGACAGCGCCGCCGUCGGCGCCGCUUUUAGCGACGUCGCGGUCGUAAGCGCCGAGACGGUGACGGUGACGACCGUGCCGGCAUCGACUUCGGAGACGGAGGGCAGCAACGCCACGGGCGUGGCGGCCGUCGAGGCCGCUCCGGCCGUGCUGCCGCCGGCGCCGCCCAAGCUGCCGCCAUUGCAGAGGCGCUGCGAUCCACGCGAAGAGCUCAACAAGAACAAGACUUGUAAUUUUCCACGGCGACUUUGCAAGUUGUCCCACGUGGACAUCCUCGGUCCCGGGGGCACCGGAUGUCCCCAAGACGCCUGGGUGAACGCCAUGGUCCGUGCGGAUCCCGAUCCUCACAAGGUGAUCAUGAACGUAGGCUGCAACAAGGGCCACGACUCCAUCGCCUGGCUCCAGCGCUUUGAUCAACGUGGCUUUUGGAACCUCAGGAAAUGGACCAGCCUGAUGGCAGACCACAGGGCCGUCUGCCCUCUCGACACGCAGAUCCGAAAGCCACCCCCGCGGCUCGGCGGGUCAAGCCGGCAAGUAUACCUCCCGGGCUCCAUGGUGGAAUUCUUCGCUUAUGUUGAGGGAGCCAAGGCUCAGGGACGGGUGUUGGCCACCGUGGAGGGCACCCGUAGAGGGGUCCGGGGGGAACCUGGCUGGACAUCCGC